AUAUGCAUACAAGAGAUCUCAACGCGGGGAUGCGAUGCAUUAAGUACCUUCUAUUUUUUUUUAAUCUACUUUUUGUGAUAACUGGAAUAUUAAUAAUUGGUGUUGGAACCACCAUCCAAGCCAUCUACAACAAUUUUGAUAUAUUCCUAGAAGGCAGGUUUUACUCUCCAACAACACUGCUCAUUGUCAUAGGAUUCAUUGUGUUUGUAGUGGCAUUCUUUGGAUGUUGCGGAGCUGUUCGAGAGAGCACCUGCAUGGUUAUGACAUUUGCAGUGUUGCUUGCAAUAGUAUUUCUGCUUGAACUGUCUGCUGGACUUGCUGGCUAUGUACUGCAGGAUGGAUUGAAAGAGUAUCUUGUGCACAAAGUGAACAUUUCAAUGGAACAAUAUAGCACUGAUCCUGAAAUUGCCGAGACUAUUGACUUCAUGCAGGAAAGGCUACUAUGUUGUGGACUGGAAAGUUACAAUGACUGGGAAGGAAAAUUGGACAAUAUGACAUACGGCACAACACAAAUUAAUGAAAACACCACUGUGCCAAACUCCUGCUGCCUGGAAACAUGUGACUUUAUAUCUGGCAACGGCUGCAUAAAUCGACUGGAGUACGUUGUGGGUCAAAGUGCUGUCCUGCUAACAAGUGCAGCCCUUUCCUUAGCACUAUUGCAGCUACUCGGUGUGAUGUUUGCUUGUUCCCUGGGUCGAUCCAUUAGGCAUCAAAAAACAGAACGUGAACGUCGACGAUGGGAGAUGAGAGAGAAUCUGCUUAGAAAAGAUACAUUCUACACUGACCGGAAGCAUUCAACAUCUGCAUAAUGAAGUAAUAAAAAUGCUAAAUCAUGAAGUAUAUUGAUAGUAUAUCAGGAUAUCCUAUAUCAAUCACCAUAAAUAAUAUAGCAUUCAUUUUAAAACAAUGUUAAGAAUGGAACACGACAUAAUUUAAUAUUAUUAGUAAUGCAGUGUCAACUUAUAAGUGGUUCCUACAUCCAUAAAACGUUUCCUUAAAAAAUCAGAACCCCCGUCAAAAAAUUAUAGUAUGUUUUCUACAAAUGAUUCCUUUAUAUGAUUCUUAUAUGCAAAAUCGGCAAUCACUGGUAAAUUAAAAUCUACAGGCCUUUAUGGUCCUUUUAGGUAACCAGAGAUGAUGUCUGUAUAUAUUCCACUUCCUUAAUGGUUGGAAAGUGCUUACAUAAUAGACAAAUUAUUCUUGUGCAUCCUGUGAGAUACAAAUUUAAUCUGUGAAGACACUUUAAAAACUAAGAAAUGAAGCACGAAGCCUUAGGGAACACUACUAAGCAAAUCAGUGAGCAUUCAAAUGCAAAGGAAACUGUAUGGGAAACAUUAAAUAACUAUUUUAAGAUGCCCAUUAAACAGAGUAAUGUAGGUUCUUAAAAUAAAUUACAAACUACUACCCAACAGAAAGAACACUACUUCGACUGCCACUUAAUAGGCUAAACUUCUGAAAAUAACACAAGUCACAUAAAACAGCCUAUCUUUGUGACAAAUUUCAGAUGGACAUUUCUUAUCAUCGACAAGAUCCCUUUCAGAUACUGAAUAAACAGCCAAUGGAGAAGGAAUAAGGUGAAAAAAUCAAACAUGACCUGCAUACUAAAGUGCAAUGAGUUUCCUGUGAGUAUGCACUAAGGUGGAAGAGUCAAAUGCUGUUCCAUAACACUGAAGUUCAGUUCAUAGCUGUGCUAUCUACAAAACUCACUGCACUUGUCUACCCAAGUCUUCUGUAUAAUUUCUAUGAAAUCUAGCCUCAUACACAUAAGGCAUGCAAGACACAACUUGCCAAUCAUAAUUGAUGAAAUGACGAAGACAACCUCUAUGUCAGAUUAAAUUGUGGAUACCUCUUUGGCCUUUUAUUAUGCACAAGAGUCAAAUUUGUUAGUAGGUCAGAAUGUUUUAUACCAGGUGUGACCUCAUUGCCAGCCUGCCUGCCUUCCCAUGGUGAAAAAACUAAUUUCAAAAACAAGAAACUACAAACAUAUUCACAAAUGCAAAGGUAUUGAGAAUUUUAUGGCAAAGGAGCAGUGCCAACAUUUUCCUUCUUGUCUUUAUAGUAAUGCAAAUGUAUCUUGUUAAAUAAAAACUUUGCAUAAAAAUGUAUUCAAUUAAAUAUAUUGUUAACACUGAGUUAAACAAUUACUUCACCACAGUAUUCCUUUAUUUGAAUUGUUUCAAAGCUCAUAAUGUAACCUUACGCUGUUAGAAAUUAAAGUUUUUGAGUUCCAUUA